AUGGACAUCAAGGCCUUGAGGAAGUUGAUUAAGAACAAGAAAUUGAUCAAGAGGCUGGCUAAAAAGUAUGAUACCUUUUUGGCCUCUGAGUCCUUGAUCAAGCAAAUCCCUGGAAUUCUGGACCCUGGUCUGAACAAAACCACCAAGUUUCCAUCUCUGCUCACCCACGAUGAGAAUAUGAUGGCAAAAGUUGAUGAGGUUAAAUCUACUAUCAAGUUCCAGAUGAAGAAGGUGCUGUAUCUGGUGGUGGCUGUUGGCCAUGUGAAGAUGACAGAUGAUGAGCUUGUCUACAACAUCCAUUUGGCUGUCAAUUUCCUGAUUUCUCUGCUGAACAAAAACUGA